UCACUCGUGUGCGCAAUGGAUACAGGUGCAACACCACACAACGCAAGGCGCCAACGAGCCAAUUCACCAUCCGAAGUUUUAUCCUUCAUCGUCUUCCCUUUUCUCCUCUCUUCAUGUUCAGUCUGUUAAGGUCUCAAACUUAAAUGAUAGGACUACCCAUUUUGCGCUUCUUUAUUUACCAUAUGUGUACUCUCUCUAAUGGCUUCUCCGCUUCGAAGUCCACACACCUCCACUGAGCUCCAAUCAACCAAGAGCUUCAUGGCCCACUCUCAUUUCCUUCGCAAUUAUCGCACACCCAAUUGCUUCCUUGGCACCGAGAGGUUCUUAUUACCGUACACAUUCCAGCAUAUAUCUCUUGGGAAUGCCUUCAGAUUUGCAGUUUCUGUAGGCACCUGUAGUUCCCUCAUGAGCCCUAUAAUGUCUAUGAGAAAAGGCCGUUCAAUCACUACUUCUGGAGAAUUGUGCACAGUAGUUUGGACUGUGGAAGCUGAUUUGACAGCUGGUCAGCUUCUCUACAUUACUGGGGAACCUAUCUCAUUAGGUGGUUGGCAGCCGGAGAUGGCUCUCCUAAUGUGUCCUACUGAACAUGCAAAUUUGUGGACAACUGAAGUCAAGAUACCUUCAGGUGUCAACUUAAAGUAUAAUUUUUUCAUCAAAGAAGAAAGACCAGCUUCUGCUGACCUCAUUUGGAGACCUGGACCUGAAUUUUCUUUAUCGAUUCCGGUAAAACAAGAUGGAAAAAUAAUAGUGAGGGAUUCUUGGCUGAAGAAUAAUAUCGAGAGAUCUCCACCUUAUGUAUGGGGGUCAUGGAUAGGGGAGACAUAUCUACCAGUGCAAUCUCUAAAUUCUGCUCAAACCAGAGAUGAACAUCAGAUCAUGAACGGCGUUGAUGUUGUUUCAAAAGAGUCUGAGGCAUUCCUGAAUGAUGUCACAUUUGAGAAUAAGUUGUACUUUAAUAAUAAGCAUACAAAUUCUGUUGGACAGGAUGAUCAAAACUUGGUUCUUUCUGAAAGAGACCAACCUGUUGAAGAGCCCUGGUUACUCCAAUCAUCCAUCAUCUUUGUUAUCUCUAAGGAUAAGAUCAUGCCCAAUAUAUCCAAAAAUAAUAAUAUUGCAGCCAACGAUUCAAAAGCAUGGGAUGCCAAUAGUCAGCAUCUCCAAGUUAAAGAUAAGUUGUCGCCUGCUGAUGGCAGUAAUUUCAUUUUAAAGGAUGAUUCUAUUUCUACUAUCAUACUGAUCAACUCUUCAAUAUGUACAAUGCAAAGGAUUGCUGUAUUGGAAGAGGGGAAGUUGGUUGAGUUGUUACUAGAACCAGUUAAAACCAACGUGCAGUGUGAUAGUGUGUAUCUUGGGGUGGUUACAAAAUUUGUACCCCAUAUGGGGGGUGCAUUUGUAAAUAUUGGACAUUCAAGACCUUCUCUUAUGGACAUAAAGCAAAGCAGGGAACCAUUCAUAUUCCCCCCCUUUCGGCAGAAGACAAAGAAAGAAAAAAUGAAUGAUUCUGGGCUUGAUUCUCUUGAAGAGCAUCAAGCUGCUGAUGGAAAUGAACAUACAUCACAAGAUAUUGAAGGCAUUGAUGAUGUUGCAGAAUUCAUCUCCCAGGAAGAUUUGGUGUCACUUCCACACAAUGACCAUGAUGAGCAUGAAGCUGAUGAAGAUUUUGAUAUUUCGGAAGUCAAGGAAAAUGUUAAUGGCAGUAUAGUUGAUUAUGGUCAAGCAGACCCUAGAUUCGAGCACUUUUUGGGGGGAAGACAGCAUCAUCUAGAAGGUGAAAUCAUGAACAGGGUUGUUCCUUCUGAAACAGAAGGAUCAAAUGGUUCUAAAAUGUCUCAACCACAAUAUAGGAAGGAUUCUGAGCAUUUAUUGGCUAAUGAUAACAAGUGGACUCAAGUUCGUAAGGGUACCAAAAUUGUUGUACAAGUUGUCAAAGAGGGAUUGGGUACAAAAGGUCCUACUCUGACUGCUUACCCAAAAUUGAGAAGCAGAUUCUGGAUAUUGCACGCACGGUGUGACAGAAUUGGAAUCUCCAAAAAAAUUUCUGGAAUUGAGCGCACUCGGCUAAGAGUUAUAGCCAAAACUUUGCAGCCUCCUGGUUUUGGUCUUACGGCAAGGACUGUUGCUGGUGGUCAUUCUUUAGAGGAAUUGCAGAAGGACUUAGAAGGUUUACUUUCAACUUGGAAAAAUAUAUUGGAACAUGCAAAAUCAGCUGCCCUUGCAGCAGAUGAAGGGAUAGAAGGGGCAAUUCCAGUUAUACUACACACGGCAAUGGGUCAAACGCUCUCAGUUGUCCAGGAUUAUUUUAGUGAAAAGGUUAAGAAGAUGGUGGUUGACUCCCCAAGGACAUAUCACGAGGUCACAAACUACCUUCAGGAAAUUGCUCCUGAUCUUUGUGAUCGAGUUGAGUUGUAUGACAAAAGAAUUCCGCUUUUUGAUGAAUACAAAAUUGAAGAAGAGAUUAACAAUAUUCUUAGCAAAAGGGUUCCACUCCCUAGGGGAGGCUCUUUGGUGAUUGAGCAAACAGAGGCAUUAGUCUCAAUUGAUGUGAAUGGGGGACAUGUAAUGUUUGGUCAGGGGAAUUCACAAGAAAAAGCUAUUUUGGAUGUAAAUCUUGAAGCUGCAAAACGAAUUGCAAGGGAAUUACGGCUGAGAGAUAUUGGUGGUAUUAUUGUUGUGGACUUUAUAGAUAUGGCAGAUGACUCAAAUAAGAGAUUAGUUUAUGAAGAAAUGAAGACAGCUGUUGAAGGUGACCGAUCAAUGGUGAAGGUCUCUGAAUUGUCAAAGCAUGGACUUAUGGAAAUAACUAGAAAGAGGGUUCGACCUAGUGUGUCUUUUAUGAUUAGUGAACCUUGCACAUGCUGUCAUGCUACUGGGAGAGUUGAAGCUUUAGAGACCUCUUUUUCGAAGAUUGAACAAGAAAUUUGCCGAUUGCUUGCAAUGAUGGACCAGAAGGCAUACCCUGAAAACCCCAAGACUUGGCCAAGGUUUCUUUUGAGAGUUGACCAUCAUAUGUGCAACUAUUUAACAUCUGGGAAAAGAACAAGGCUUGCAAUCUUGAGUAGUUCUCUCAAAGUAUGGAUCUUGUUGAAGGUUGCUAGAGGCUUCACUAGGGGAGCAUUUGAGGUGCAGCCAUUUGCAGAUGACCAGGCAAAUGAAAAUCAGCAUCAGGUUGCAAUAUCAGUGCUAAGACAAACAGAGACCAGAACUAUCAAUUCUGGCAAAAAAGUAACACUUGUUCCUGUGAAAAAGGGCAGGUCCCGGGGGAAAUGAAAUCAGCUUCGUACUUUCCAUUUUUGUAUAAUUUUAGAAUAAAUUUUCUUUAAUGUUUAAUCUUUUCAUUUACCGUUUUUAUUUUCGUGUUCAUACUAGGGGGGAAAGGAGUACAGUACUUUUGGUUCCGUACAAUCCCCUUUUUGGUUGAUGGUAGGAUAUGGUUUUGGAAAUAGCUGGGUCCCCAUGGUACUACUGUUAGGUCAACCAAUUCUGCAGUGAACAUUUUUGCCAUGCAAUAAUAACAGUUUUAGAUUACCAAA